UUCAAAUGCUUUUGUAAUAUUAUUAUUAAAAAACCAGGAAAUCAAACUGCGGUGUAUGGGACAAAACCUUCUCUGUCCUUCUUCAGUCCUUCUUCAGUAACCAGUUGAAAGGACAUACUCUUUGAAUAAGAAUUGACUUGAUUUUAACCAGCAUUCAGGAAGUUUUUACAUUCAUAACUUCCCCAAACAUGGCUGACGAUGUAAAAGAUAUCAAUUAUGGACUUAUAUAUGCUACAAAUGAUAGCAAAUUGGAGAAGAAAUUUUCCAAAAAAUUUUCCAAAAAAUUCUGGAAACCAAAUGAAGAAUCAUUAGAUAUAAAAUCAAAUCAGCUGGUACUGUCAGUAUCGGGAAAGAGAUCCAGAGUCGUGCAACCUGAACAAACAAUGUUCUUCUCCUGUACCGACGAACAGCUAGCUCUCCAUUCCAUGCGAUGCUCGAUCUAUUCCAGCCUUGGCGGUAGUUGGAGCAUUAUUAAUCCUAACGAAUGCAAACGGGUUUGUUUCCAAUGUUUCAAUAAACAGAGGGUCCAAAAGUUUGAUGAUCUGACCCCGGGGGAUCAUAUUGCAAUCCACCGCGUUGCUGGAUACGAACAUCAUGCUAUUGUAAUCGAGGUACAUCCUAGUUCAGAGGACAACACACGGGGACUUCUUAGAGUAAUUCAUCGCAGUGCGCAUGCGAAGACAGUUGUCAAAGGAAUAUUGUUGUGCAUGAUCACCAUUGGCCAGUAUGGAAACAUAGCUUAUUUGCGUGAGGAAAACGUGAAAUUUAAUAUGAAAAAGGAUCAUGUGUACAUUAUCCAAUAUAAAAACAAACCUUUCACACGUUCGAAAAUUAUUAGACGAGCUCGUGCAGAAGUGGGAAGAGAUGACACACACUUUGAUAUCGCCGCUGACAACUGCGAGCAUUUUGCCAACUGGUGUGAAACGGGAGAAUAUUAUAGUCACCAAAUAGGGCUUAUUAAAGGGGCUUUACAGAACUUGCUGUAUUCAGACAAUGAGGGAUAUAACAGGAUGCUGAACUAUCUCUCCGAGAAUGGCUUGAUGUGUGAUGACUGUUUAAAGGAAGCUCGAAAAGUGCAAGAAAAAUGUCACCUAAUUCAAGCAUAAAUACAUGCAGUUAAACCACAUGCAAGAAUUUGAGGGAGAGGGUAUAAUGUUUUUACUCACCCGUUAGUCAAUCCGUCCUUUUAAGCUCAUCGCGACAACAUCGGAAGACUUUAUGCUAUACCUUAUGCCAUACCCCCGUCGUCGGCCAAGGCGUCCAGACCUGGUUGAAGUUUUUGGAGCAGGUGUUGUAUCUAAGUUAUUACUUGUCCGUGAAGUUCCUUCCCCAAACUUGCAUGGAUGGUGCAUCUGGACCUACGUAUGGACUUAAAACACUUGGAUGAUGCUGAAUCUGGGCCAUGAAUAUCAGAUGCUUAAGAAGGUUCAGGUUUUUAGAGUGGUUUAAAGUUUUAACUUUGAUAGCCAUAUCUAAGUGACUACUGGUCCUGUCUUCACCAAACGUAUAUGGAUGGUGCGACUUAUGAAACUUAAGCACUUGACAGGCGUGAAUACUGAAUCCGAGUCAAAGGUUUCGGAUGAUAGAUGCUGUUUAUGUUUUUAGAGCUGGCUUAAGUGUUUGGAGCAGGUGCCUUUCGAUGACUAUAUCUUACUGGUCCUAACUUCACCAUGCUUUAAUGGAUGGUACGUCUCGUUACUAAUACAUUUAACAGGCUUGAAUACUGAAUCUGAGCCAUAGGAUUCGUAUGCUGGAUGAGGUUAAGUUAUGGGGCAUAUGUCCUUUGAAGGCCAUAUCUACUGUUUCUACUGGUUCUGUCAUCACAUUGAACUAUGCAUUACAUAAUCAAUUUGUAGUGUUAUCACAGGCAAGGGCACUGCAAAAUGUAAAUAUGAAGAUAUAUUGUAACGUGUUAUUAUAUGAUAUCGUGUCAAACCACACAAAAAUAUACAAUAUGUUAAUAAAGAUUAGUAACUGUGAUUUUCAUAUAAUAUGAUAAAGGUAAUCUCAUAAAGGUGAUGCCUCAUCUCAGUGAGCUUUGUAAUGUUUGAUUACCCAUGUUUUAAUUUGUUUGCAGAACUCUCUCUUGAAUCGCUGCAUUGAAUUUUGAUGUACCAAUUUAUUAGGGAAAAAUGACCCUAUAUAAUUAUUAUUUUGUUAAUUUUAUGCAUACCCUGCUGUCCAUUGUUUAGCAUUGUCAUGUAAUGUAAGCGUAUAGGGUAAGUUUUCCUUUUUUAAUUAACGAUUAAAAUUUUAACCAAUUUAACCAAAAAUUUAUCGGCCCAAUGCAUCCCUAUUUAAAAAAAUCAAAUUUGUAUAUACUCUUUUCAAAAAAAAAAUUAUUGAGCUAAUAUGAUAAAUACUACAUGUACGAGGUGUUUCACAAAUUAAAAAAAACACUGGGAAAAUAAAAUCAAAGUUUUCUUAAAAUUUUGAGACUUUUCAAAGUCAAUCAAACUGUCCAUUUGGUUCAGGUCCUGCAAAGUCCUCAUAGCCACUGUUUUUUGGAGGGGUAUUUUUUUUGGUUUUUUUUUUUUUGCGAAUGUUUGGAACAAUUUAGUGAACCAUCUUUAUACAGUGAAUAUAUCAAAAUAAAAAUCAUCUUCUUAACGACUGUUUUUGACUAUUCUGUAACAUUAUUAGUGAAACAUCUUUAUACAGUGAAUAUCAAAAGGCCUCUUGUUAGCGACUGUUUUUUGCCAAUGUUUGUAACAUUACUAAUGAAACAUUUUUAUACAGUGCAGAUC